UCUCCCUCUCCCUCUCCCUCUCCCCCUCCCCUUUGUCUCUGUUUAUUCUUCAAGCAGAGCACUGGAUAUCAAAUUCUCUCAUUUUUCCACCGAUCCGACCAGUACUCUUCUUCUGAGUUUUUGAGCUAUAUAUAGCAAUACACUUCAUAGCAGGGUAGUGGUUGUUCAGACUUUUGCAAGUCACAAAAUGGUGGACGAUAUUGAUGAAGAUGACGUGCCGUUAGUUUUUAAAAGGAGUAAUACAACAUCUAAGCAAAACCAACCAACCCUGGAGGCGAAGAAAUCAUCAUCUCAAAAGCAUGGUGGACAAACGGGGAAACUGGUCUCUGAUGUACGUACCUCCAAUGGCCAAAGCUCCAGUGCACAAAAGAUUAAGACAGUGCCCUCUACCAAGGCAUCACCAGUGAAAUCACCUAUGUCAAGCAGUAAGGCAUCAACUUUACCUCGCAAGGCUUCACCAGUUAGGUCACCCGUGACAUCAACAGUGAAAUCACCUAUGACAAGCCCAAAGACAUCAAUUUCACCUGGAAAGGCUUCACCAGUUAAGUCACCUUUGACAAGUUUAAAAGCAUCCACUUCAUCGGCUGACCAGUCAAAAAAUUCAUCUCAACAGAAUGCAGCCACUGUUGUUAAGGAGGAAAAGCGAUCAACUAAUGCUGAUGAUUCUGAGGAUUCUGAAGAUGAUAAACCACUGAGUGCUAGACUUUCUGCUGGAUUAACAAAAGGAAACUCCAACCAUGCCAACAAAGGGCUGAGCACUUCAAUUGAGGGUUCUCCAUCAGUUAUAAAACCAAAAAUUGCUAAAUAUGAAGAUUCGGAUGAUGAAAAACCUUUGUCAUCAAAGUUCCAAGCUAAGUCCAAUGCAGGCCCAUCCACCAGCAAGUCUUAUGAAUCUGAUAAAGACAAGCCUUUGGCCUCGAGAUUUAAUCAAAACGGUUCCAUCAACAGGGACAAUCAACUUAAAAAGUCUUCCAUGAUGUCGAGUAAGAGACCUCCAGGCGAGGCCAAGUCUUCAAGUCAGUCAUUGGUUAAGAAACCGAAGCUUUCUGAUGCAUCUACACCAAGCUAUAGUAAGCAAGCAUCUGUGAAAGCGGAAACAAAAACAGACGAUGAUGAUCAUGUUCCUAUUUCCCAAAGAAUCAAGAAAUCAGCCACCUCAGGUAGCAAAACAUCGUCUGCACAACAGAAAGUGGCAAAACCUGUGUCGUCUUCAUUCAAGCAAACAAGUAAGAAGUCCAAGAAAGUGAUUAAAAAAUCAAAGUACUCAAAGUCCUCAAAGGUGCUCCCUAGCUCUGGAGAAGGGCAGAAAUGGACUACUUUGGUUCACAAUGGUGUCAUUUUCCCACCUCCAUACAAACCUCAUGGUGUUAAGAUGCUUUACAAGGGGCAGCCAGUUGUUUUAAUGCCCGAACAAGAGGAGGUAGCAACGAUGUUUGCCGUGAUGUUGGAUACUGAUUACAUGAGUAAACCAAAAUUUAAAGAAAAUUUUAUGACUGACUGGAAGAAGAUACUGGGGAAGAAUCAUGUAAUUCAGAAAUUGGAAGACUGCGAUUUCACCCCAAUAUAUGAAUGGCAUCAAAGGGAAAAGGAGAAGAAGAAACAAAUGAGUUCAGAAGAGAAGAAGGCCUUAAAAGAAGAGAAGCUAAAGCUGGAGGAGAAGUAUAUGUGGGCUAUCGUUGACGGUGUUAAAGAGAAGGUUGGAAACUUUAGAGUCGAACCACCUGGGCUAUUCCGAGGACGUGGGGAGCAUCCAAAGAUGGGAAAGCUGAAAAAACGCAUCCGUCCGAAAGACAUUACAAUAAACAUUGGGAAGGCUGCCCCAAUUCCAGAAUGUCCCAUACCUGGUGAAAGCUGGAAAGAAAUAAGGCAUGACAAUACCGUGACAUGGUUAGCCUUUUGGAAUGAUCCAAUCAAUCCGAAGGAAUUCAAAUAUGUGUUCUUGGCAGCUAGCAGUGCCUUGAAGGGGCAAAGUGACAAGGAGAAGUAUGAGAAAGCAAGGUUGUUGAAGGACUACAUACAUGGCAUCAGAGAAGCUUACACAAAGAAUUUUGUAAGUAAGGAUCCUACGAAGCGGCAGAUUGCAGUUGCAACCUAUCUUAUUGAUAAACUAGCUCUCAGGGCUGGCAAUGAGAAGGAUGAUGAUGAAGCUGAUACAGUUGGUUGCUGCACACUGAAGGUAGAAAAUGUGGAGCCAAAACCUCCUAAUGUUCUGAAGUUUGACUUCCUCGGUAAAGAUUCUAUUAGAUACCAUAAUGAGGUUGAAGUUGAAAUCCCUGUGUUCAAGGCAAUUCAGCAAUUCCGAAGUGGAAAAAAAGGAUGUGAUGAUCUUUUUGAUGAACUAGAUACCAGUAAACUGAAUGCUCAUCUGAAGGAACUCAUGCCCGGCCUUACAGCAAAAGUUUUCCGUACUUAUAAUGCAUCUAUCACAUUAGAUGAUAUGUUGAGUAAGGAAACCAAGGGCGGGGAUGUGGCUGAGAAAGUUGUAGUCUAUCAGCAUGCCAACAAGGAGGUUGCAAUCAUUUGUAAUCAUCAGCGUAGUGUUUCAAAGUCUCACAGUGCGCAAAUGUUGAGAUUGGAUGAGAAGAUAGACGAACUAAAGGGUGCUCUGGAAGAACUCAAAACAGAUUUGUCUCGUGCCAAAAAAGGGAAGCCCCCACUGAAGAGUGCUGAUGGGAAGCCAAAGAGGAAUAUGAACCCAGAAGCGUUGGAGAGGAAGAUAGCUCAGACCACUGGAAAGAUUGAGAAAAUGGAGCGUGAUAAAGAGACCAAAGAGGAUCUCAAAACUGUGGCAUUGGGAACGUCAAAGAUCAACUACCUUGAUCCUAGAAUAACAGUUGCUUGGUGCAAGCGACAUGAAGUUCCCAUUGAAAAGAUUUUCAACAAGUCUCUUCUGGCGAAGUUUGCUUGGUCAAUGGACGUUGAUCCCAGCUUCAGAUUCUAACAUUUCGGUAGUUGUGCUAGCACAGAAAACUCCCGCCUCCCUCUUCUGUAGUCACUUUCUUCUUCAAAAAUAUUCAACAGUUUUCCCUCAAUUUUUCUGCUCUAGGAAAUUCAUGUUGUAUUAAACAUCUUAAAGAAAUUAUGGGGGUUUUGUCACCCCGGUUUUCACUUGUUUUUAAAUCCAUUGAAAGAUGAGAAGCUGUCAUAAGGAUUGUCUGCUGCUGAUUGUAAUUGUUUCAAUUAUGUAUUACUAACAACUUCUACUGUUCUGAAGACGAUAAAUUACUCCGACUCCCAUGUCUCCUGUUGAUAUUGUAACUUAAAAAUGGUGCCUUGGCAUUUGCAUACACUUCUUUGAGCAACAUAGGAACUAAUUCUCAUCACUUGGCAUCUGUUUCAGUUUCAGUAGUGUCUCCAGCCCCGUGUGCAUGGUGGUGACUCUGACGGCCAAGGUAGCCAAUGGAGAUCAACCAUGCUGGUGUCCAUGGGCCGAGCUAGCCAACGACUGGGGUGGUUU